CGAAAUGCGUCAUCUUUUAGAAAAGGACCUACAAAUCGAUAUCGUCCACGUCCAAGAACACUCAAUUUAUUUAUUAAAAAGGUAGACUGUACAACAAUGUCAAUGAUAUUAUCAUCGCCUCAACAAAUCAAAAAGAUGAAGGUGCUUGUAGUUGUG